AGGUGAAAUAUAAAAUCCUGAAGAGAAGCCAAUUAUUUUGCCACACGUGGCUUCUAGAUUCCAUUCAGUGGUUCCUCCUCCAACCACCCUUGCUGAUAUCAAGGGUGUAUAGGAUACACGCAUUUCGGCAUUCUCGGUUUGUUUCUUUUAAAACUCUUCAAACCCCCCACAUAGUCCGCAUUGCCUUUUUCUUUCUCUUUAUUUUUUCCUUUUUCUCUAUUUAAUUUCCCCAAAAAAAAAAUAAACUCUUAGCCAUGGAGGGCGGCAGUGGCGGCUGCGCCAGAGAUAGCCGCCGGGAGUUGCUCGGCCGAGGCGCGGGGGAUAUCGAGGACGGGGAGUCGUCUUGGAGGCUCAACAUUAACGAGUUCCGAUUGCCGGAGCGCGAUGCCGAUCAUCGUCAUCAGGCUUUCAGCGUCCGGCGGCUCCUGCGAAACAAAAGAAAACAGCGAAAAGUUUCCGAGUACUACAAAAAGCAAGAGAGGCUUCUGGAAGGAUUUAAUGAGAUGGAGGCCAUUCAUGAAUCUGGUUGUUUGCCAGAUGCACUGACAGAGGACGAACUGAAACAGCUUGCCAAGAGUGAAAGGAUGGCCGUUCAUAUUUCGAAUGUAUGCAAUCUUUUCCUUUUUAUUGCAAAAGUAUAUGCGUCAGUUGCGAGCAGAUCUUUGGCUGUCAUUGCAUCAACUAUGGAUUCUUUCCUGGACUUAUUAUCUGGUCUGAUCCUGUGGUUUACUUCCAAUGCAAUGAGAAACCCAAACCAUUAUCAUUACCCAAUUGGAAAGAAAAGGAUGCAACCCGUGGGGAUUAUUGUUUUCGCAUCUGUCAUGGCCACUCUGGGACUGCAAAUUAUAUUGGAGUCAGUUCGCCAACUUCUUGCAAAGUCUGGCCCUGAGAUGGACCAUAAUCAGGAAAUGUGGAUGAUUGGAAUCAUGGUGUCUGUAACUGUGAUCAAGUUUCUCCUCAUGCUUUACUGCCGCAGAUUUAAGAAUGAAAUAGUGAGAGCUUAUGCUCAAGACCAUUUCUUUGACGUCAUCACCAACUCGGUCGGACUUGCCACUGCUGUUUUAGCCGUUCGGUUCUUCUGGUGGAUUGAUCCUACUGGCGCCAUACUUAUAGCCAUAUACACAAUCAACACUUGGGCUAAGACAGUGGUCGAGAACGUAUGGUCCCUGAUUGGUCGAACGGCUCCACCAGACUUCCUCGCAAAACUGACAUACCUAAUAUGGAACCAUCAUAAAGAGAUACAGCACAUUGACACUGUUCGGGCCUACACUUUUGGGUCUCAUUACUUUGUGGAGGUGGACAUUGUUUUGCCACAGGACAUGCUGUUGAGCCAGGCCCAUAAUAUUGGCGAGACACUACAAGAGAAGCUAGAGCAGCUUCCUGAGGUUGAGAGGGCUUUUGUCCACAUAGACUUUGAGUUCACUCACAGACCGGAGCACAAGAGCAGUGUAUGAUUCAUGCGGAGUCUGUGUUGUUCGGGCUGUAUAAGUCCAUUGCUCUAUGACUUUUACUAUUGACAUCAACUUUAGUUCAUUAUAUGCAUUAGUAGUGCAAUUUUUUUUUUCUUUUUUCAAUUUUAAUUUCAAUUUUUUUUUCCU